AUGAAGAAACACCAGGUGGACAAAUACCGCGGCUACUACAACUUGAGAGAAAAGGUGGAUGUUAGCAUCGGACUGUGGAGGGUAUGCGAAGGCACGGAUUACUCAGACAUCACAGAUUGUACAGUCAUUCCUGAUGUUACACCUUAUUUCGUGGUAUGCCAGGCCAUGCUAUGCUUGUCACUUAUUUUCACCGUCUUCUCACUUGUGUUUGGCCUCUACGAGAAUUGCGCCACCCGGUAUGACAUGGAAGAUGGCAAUGAAGUGAGGACAAAGCGACCGGAGAUGAAUGCAGUCAUGGCAGGGCUCUUUGGUCUGAUUGGAGUCUGCAUGUAUGGCACGUCAAUUAUCGAAGCUGCCAGAAAGGACGAGGGAGCAGUGCACUGGGCAUUCCCCGUGACUGCGGCUUCUGUAACAGGUGUGAUCGUCUGUGGGAUUCUCAUGGCCAUCGCCAACCCCAUUCACACG